AUGGAUCGUGCAUGUGGGUCUGUGACUCAUCCUCCGUUUCUUGAUGAGAAUACUAACUAUGGGGCUUGGAAAGCUAAGAUGAAAUCUUUUCUGUGGGCUCAAGGUACAAAGGUGUGGACAACUAUUGAGAAUGUUGGGAACCUCCAACAAAGGAAAUUAAAGGGCGUGGAAAAGAGGUUGAAGCUGAAAAAUUUGAGUUUAUAUGUCAUUGCAAAACCUCAAAGGAGGCUUGGGAUAUUCUGGAAAUUACUCAUGAAGGAAAUGCCACUAUUGAGUGUGGUGGUGAAUGCUUGCAGCAACCUUGGUGAUGCAAUUCCUGAACACAGAAUAGUGAAAAAGAUUUUGAGAUCUCUGCCUAUGAUGUAUCACGCCAAGAAGACAGCGAUUGAAGAGUGUAAGAAUUUGAACACUUAUAAACUUACUGAGUUAAUUGGUUCUCUUACCACUUAUGAGAUGGAAUUUCCAGAAAUAAAGAAAAGCAAGGGCAUUGCUCUAAAUACAGUGAAAGAAGAUGGGAGUGACAGUGUGUCAGAAGACAAAAUGGAUUAUGCUUUGCUUACAAAACAAUUUCGUAAGUUUUUGAAAUCUAAGAAUUCAAGGUCUGGUGAACAAAGAGGAAAUUCAGGUUCAAGUACAAGAGGGAGUCGCCCUCGUGAGUUUACUUCUGACAAGUUAUCACAUACAACCAGAACUAUGGAGAGAAAGGGCUCUAAAGAUUCACUGAAGUGCUUUGAAUGUGGUGGAUAUGGACACUUUGCCUCUGAAUGCGCAAAUAAUUUGAGGAAGCAAAAUAGUGGGAAAAAUAAAGUAAUGGCAGCAACUUGGAGUGAUAGUGAGUCUGAUAAUGAUUCAAAUUCAGAAAAUGAAGAUCAAGUUGUUGCUUUCUCUGGGAGAAUUCAUGCGCAAAAGGAUGAGAACUCUGAUGUUGAAGAACCUGAGAUAGAAGUGGUUAUGAAGCAAUUCAAUAACGAACUAACCAGGACUGAAGCUGCCUUUCAAUCCCAGUUGAAAACAGAAGAAAAUCUGCGUGGGUCUUUGCUUGAAAAAAUUCAGAUGCUCCAAGACAAGUACCAGCUGCAGAAAGAUAUGAAUGUUUCUCUUACUUUCGAAAGGGACCAUGUUAGUGCUGAAUUAAAAUUAGCAACGGAAAAAAUAUUUGGUAUGACCAUUGGUGCAGAGAAGAUUGACAGGAUGUUAAGUCUGGGAAAAAGGGCUGGUGAUACGAGAGGUUUGGGUUUUGAAAGUGAAAAGUCUAAGCAAGAGGUCAAAGCUGUGAAAUUCAUCAAAGAAUUCUCUUCUACUGAAGCGAAGGUUAGCCCAAAGAAAUUUAUACCAAUCUGUCAUUUUUGUGGAGUUUUUGGUCAUAUACGGCCUAGAUGCAAUGUGCUUAGAAAGGAGAAGAGGUCAGCUUACUACUAUUCUCCAAGAAAUUUUAAUCCAUCUCAAAGAACCAAACUAGUGUGGAAAAAAAAGGAGGAAAAGUGCUUGGUGACUUUAAUGGCCUUAUCUGCUAGAAAAUCUGAUACAUGGUAUUUCGACAGUGGUUGUUCAAGACAUAUGUCUGGUGAUAAAUGUUGGUUUACAAAUCUGAAUACAGAGUGUGUGGAAGGCUCUGUGACAUUUGGAGAUGGAAGUAAAGGUAAAAUUUUAGGGAAAGGAGAUGUUGAGACACUUGGCUUACCAUUCUUGAAAAAUGUCAUGUUGGUGGAAAAUUUGCAGGCAAAUUUGAUAAGCAUCAGUCAACUUUGUGAUGAUGGUAGCAGCGUGUGGUUUGAUAAAGAUCAAUGUUAUGUUGCUGAUUUUCAAGGAAAGAAGGUUAUGAGUGGCAUGAGAUCCAAAGAUAAUUGCUAUUGUAUUCAGGUGAAUGAGAACAAAAGUCUUGUGUGCAAUCGCGCUACUGAUGACGUGAUGGAACUGUGGCAUAGAAGACUUGGUCAUAUCAACUUUCGUGAUCUCUUGAAGCUGUCCAAGAAUGAGUGUGUCAGAGGUCUGCCAAAGCUGAGUGGUAAGUCUGCAGGAGUGUGUGGUGCGUGCCAAUUAGGUAAGCAAGUCAAGAGUGCUCACAAAAGCAUAUCCUACAUAUCAACAUCCCAACCAUUAGAUUUGCUGCAUAUGGAUUUAGUUGGUCCCAUUCAGACUGAGAGCAUAGGUGGAAAGAAGUAUAUGUUGGUGUUGGUGGAUGACUUUACUCGGUUUACUUGGGUUGAUUUUCUUCGUGAAAAAUCUGAUGCAUUUAAGAGUUUUCGUGGCCUAUGCAACAAAAUUCAGAUCGAGAAAAAUGCUUCACAUGUUACUGUCAUGAGACUUCGAACAGACCAUGGAACAGAGUUUGAAAAUAUAAGCUUUGCUGAAUAUUGUGAAGAGAAAGGAAUAAAGCACGAAUUUUCAGCACCUAUUACACCUCAACAUAAUGGGGUGGUUGAGAGGAAGAAUCGCACCUUGCUUGAAAUGGGACGUGUGAUCUUGACAAGUGCUAAGAUAGCGAAGAAAUUUUGGGCAGAAGCUAUUAGCACAGCAUGUUAUACAGCAAAUCGUGUAUAUCUUAGACCGGGCACAACUUCAACUCCUUAUGAGCUUUGGAAAGGGAGAAAACCUAACAUAAAGCACAUGAGGGUUUUUGGGAGCGUCUGCUAUAUUUAUAGAGAUAGAGAAAACCUAGCAAAGUUUGAUACAAGAAGUGAUGCUGGCAUCUUUUUGGGUUAUUCUCUCACUAGCAGGGCUUAUAGGGUGUUUAACAAGAGGACAUGUACGGUAAUGGAAUCAAUUAAUGUUGUUGUCAAUGAUACUGAUAUGUCAUUUGGUUCUUGUGCAGAUGAUGAUGAGGAUAUUAUUCCAGCAGCUCCUAGGCAAGAAGAAAAGGACAAGGUGGCUAACAUUAAUGAUGAAGUGCAUGCAGAAGAAUAUAUGUUUUCACCUCCUCUUAGACCUGGUGCUCGGCAAGUCCAAAAGGACCACACACCAUCUGAUAUUAUUGGAGAUUUAAAUGAUCAAAGAAAGACAAGAAGCCAAGUCGUUGCGGAGGUAACUCAUCUGUGCUAUGUUUCCAAAUUGGAACCAAAAAAUUCAAAAGAAGCACUUCUUGAUUGUGAUUGGAUCAUGGCUAUGCAAGAGGAGUUAGACCAGUUCACUAGAAAUGAUGUGUGGUACUUGGUUCCACGUCCCAAGGACUUGAAUGUGAUAGGUACAAAAUGGGUUUUCAGGAACAAAACUGAUGAAAAUGGUGUUAUUACAAGAAAUAAAGCAAGGUUGGUUGCACAGGGAUAUUCCCAGGUUGAAGGGUUGGAUUUUGAUGAAACUUUCGCUCCCGUGGCAAGGCUUGAAUCAGUUAGAUUGCUUUUAGCUAUAGUUUGUCAUAUGAGGUUCAAACUACACCAGAUGGAUGUGAAAAGUGCGUUUCUAAAUGGGGUUUUACAGGAGGAGGUAUAUGUAGAACAACCUGUAGGAUUCAAAGAUCCUUACAAUCCUGAUCAUGUAUAUCGUCUUAGAAAAGCUCUCUAUGGGCUGAAGCAAGCUCCUAGGGCUUGGUAUGAUCGGUUGUCAUCCCAUUUGCUGAAUAAAGGGUAUGUCAGAGGAGCUGUUGACAAAACUCUGUUUGUCAAAAAGACCAACAAGGACUUGAUUGUUGCUCAGGUUUAUGUCGACGAUAUUGUUUUUGGGUCUACAUCUGAAUUUCUUGUAAAAGAAUUUACUGAAGUUAUGAGCAGCGAAUUUGAGAUGAGUAUGUGUGGGGAGCUGAGCUAUUUCCUAGGCCUGCAAGUCAAGCAACAAGAUCAUGGUAUCUUCAUUUCUCAAACCAAGUAUGCAAAAGACUUGGUAAAAAAGUUUGGUAUGAGUUCUGCCAAACCAACAAGGAAUCCCAUGGCUACACACAACAAAAUUGAUGCUGACCCUUCUGGAAAAUGUGUAGAACAAACACUUUACAGAAGCAUGAUUGGAAGCCUCUUAUAUUUAACAGCCAGUCGACCCGACAUCUCAUUCAGUGUUGGUGUGUGCGCUCGCUUUCAGGCAAAUCCAAAGGAGUCUCACUUGAAUGCAGUCAAGAGAAUCAUCAGAUAUGUAAGUGGUACUCCAACUUUAGGUGUAUAUUAUUCAUUUGACUCAAAUUCUGAAAUUGCAGGUUACACCGAUGCCGAUUGGGCUGGAAACGUUGAUGAUAGGAAGAGCACAUCUGGAGGGUGCUUUUAUGUAGGUAAUAAUCUUGUGUCUUGGCAUAGCAAAAAGCAAGCUUGUGUUUCCUUGUCUACAGCCCGAAGCGGAAUACAUUGCUGCUGGAAGUUGUUGCACACAACUACUAUGGAUGAAGCAAAUGAUGAGUGA